GAUAGCGGUGGAGGAGUAAGCGUCUCUGGUUAUCCUAUUUAAAGUGGUCGAGGGAGGAAGUGUCUCUAAUCUAUUUAGGCGAGCAGAGCUGCAGUGCAGCCAUGGCGAAGAGGGACGUGGCUAUUAUUGGAGGCGGCAUCAGCGGCCUCCUAGCCUGCAAGUACACUCUCUCCAAAGGCUACCUUCCAAUCGUCUUCGAAGAACAGAGCACCAUCGGCGGUGUUUGGACCAAAACAUUCGAAACCACUAAACUCCAGACUCCCAAACCUCUCUACCAAUUCUCCGACUUUCCAUGGCCAUCCUCAGUCACACAAGUCUUUCCCGAUCAACGCCAAGUGUUCGAAUACCUCCAGUCCUACGCUCGCCAUUUUGAUUUGCUCAAACACAUCAGAUUCGACUCAAGAGUGGUCAGUAUUCGCUAUGAAGGCCCUUCGGAUGAGGAGAUGGAAGCAUGGGCUCUUUGGGGUGGGACUGGUGAGCCCUUUGGAUCCAGAGGAAAAUGGAACAUUACAGUCCACCACACCCAAAGACAAAGCCAAAGCCAAAGCCAAAGCCAAAGCCUUUCCACUCAGGUUUAUCAAGUAGACUUUGUGAUCCUUAGCGUGGGAAGGUUCAGUGGGGUUCCAAACAUCCCAGAAUUCCCUCCAGGUAAGGACCCUCAAGUGUUUCAAGGCCAGGUCCUACACUCCAUGGACUAUGCUUCCAUGGAUCACCCUCAAGCUAAAGAACUGGUCCAAGGAAAGCGUGUCGCUGUCGUUGGCCUCCAGAAAUCAGCACUUGACAUUGCCAUGGAGUGCUCCACAGCAAAUGGGGUAGAUCAUCCGUGUACAGUGAUAUACAGGACUGAACACUGGAACCUCCCUGAUUACGAGCCAUGGGGAAUUCACAUAGCAUAUCUUUACCUUACUCGCCUCUCCGAGCUAUCCAUUCACAAGCCCAGCGAAGGCCUUCUCCUCAGUCUCCUCGCAACAUUGCUCUCACCUCUAAGAUGGGCAUUUUCGAAAUUCGUGGAAACUCAUAUACAACACAAGCUUCAUCUUGCUCAGUUUGAUAUGGUCCCAAAACACAGUUUCUUACAAGAACUCAGCACUUGUUUGAUCUCAUUGGUGCCCGAGGACUUCUACAAUAGGGUUGAGAAAGGAAGCAUCAGGUUGAAGAAAGCUUUGAGUUUCGGCUUUUGCAAAGGCGGCAUUUUGGUUGAUGGUGAGACUGAAGCUGUAGAGACAGAUAUGGUUAUAUUGGCUACUGGGUUCAAAGGUGUUGAAAAGCUCAAAGACAUUUUUGUGUCCCCAAACUUUCAGGAAUGUGUUGCCGGGUCGACUGAUAAAACAGUACCACUCUACAGGGAAUGCAUUCAUCCCCGAAUUCCACAGCUAGCAAUAAUUGGAUUCUCAGAGAGUGUAGCAAACCUGUAUACUUCAGAGAUAAGGUGCCGAUGGCUAGCAGAGCUUCUCGAUGGAACAUUCAAGCUACCCAGCAUUAAAGAGAUGGAAAAAGAUAUAGUGGAAUGGGAUAAAUACAUGAAGCAAUACUCUGACAAGUACUACCGGAGAUCUUGCAUUGGUGCCCUUCAUAUAUGGUACAAUGAUCAACUCUGCAAGGACAUGGGAUGGAACCCAAAGAGAAAGAAGGGAUUCAUAGCCGAGUUGUUUGAGCCUUACGGCCCUGCGGAUUAUGCUCAACCUUAGAGAUCAAGGUGUGUUAAAAAAGGUGUUGAUGUGCUAAUGUCAGUAGCAAAGAUUACAUUAACAUUGUGAUGAGAUGUUACCAACUACCAACAGCUAUGUUUGAAUAAAGUUGGGAGAACUGGAAAUUCUGUUCCUAGUAAACAAACAAGAAUCCAAACAACCAUGGACAGAGCUGGAUUUGCAAAAUCCCCACAUCCAAACUGAACCGACACUUUCUUUCGGUUGCAUCUCUUGAGAAAUAAAGAAACAAUUUUCGUAACUGAUGUUUAUGAAAGCAUUGCAUUAUUUACUGUU